AUGUCUGAAAAGCAAGAACUGUUGAAACUGAAAAUGAUAACAAAUUUAUUUUCAAUUUUUGAUCCUACUACAAGAUAUUUUAGAGCUUUAAAUUGAUUAACUUUAUUUAUACCAUUAUUAUUUUUACCAUACUCUUACUGAAUUCUGCCUUCUCGUAUACAAAUUAUUUUAAUAAUAUUUGUAAAUUUAAUUUUUAAAGAAUUUAGAUUAUUAACAAAAAAUAUUUAUAAAUCUAAUAUUAUUAUUUUUGUUAGAACAUUAAUUUAUAUUUUAUUAAUAAAUGUUAUAGGCUUAAUUCCUUAUAUUUUUACUUCAACUAGACACCUAUCAGUUAAUUUAUCCAUUUCAUUAACUUUAUGGUUAAGAUUCAUAUUUUAUGGUUGAGUAAUUAAUACAAGUUCUAUAUUUAUUCAUUUAGUUCCUUUAAAUACUCCAUUAAUACUAAUAAAUUUUAUAGUUUUAAUUGAGUCAAUUAGAAAUUUCAUUCGCCCAUGAACUUUAGCAAUUCGGCUAUCAGCAAAUAUAAUUGCGGGACACUUAUUAUUAUCAUUACUUGGUUCUUCAAUAAAUAAUAUGUUUAUUUUUUUAAUCCCCCUAGCUAUUGUAAUUCAAAAUAUACUAAUAUUACUAGAGAUUUCUGUUUCUAUUAUUCAAUCAUAUGUAUUCUCUAUUCUUAGAAUUUUGUACUUUAAUGAAGUGAAUUAA